CAUCCGCAGCGGGGUCACUCACUCUGCAGGCGCUGCACGGGCACACACACACACACACACACACACACACACACACACACACACACACACACACACACACACACACACACACACACACACACACACACACACACACACACACACACACACACACACGCAGAGGGGGAGCGAAUGAGAGCGCGCUUCCAGAGGCAGCAGGAUAGGACGGCGCAAGCACCGGGGAGGGUUUUUUAAAAUUCCCCUCUUCAUGGUUCUCGGAUCAUAAACUCUCGAGGACUUUCAUAUAAACAUGCACCUACUGGGAAUAUCUCUUUUACUGGCAUAUCUGCUCUACUUCAACCGCGCCAGCGACCUCCGCCACAGCCACCACCAUGACUACGCGCUGGAGCCGGUGGAGACGGACGAGCCGGACGCUCCAUCGAGGCCAGACAUGGAGCAGAUGUUGCGUUCAGCCACCAGUGUGGAUGAACUGAUGAAUCUUAUCUAUCCUUCAUACUGGCCUGUUCUGAAGUGCAGAUCCAAACUGGCUGCUGCAGCCUCGGCGUCCAAACUCCCCCAGAGGCCACAGCCUCACCGCCUGAGGCCCCAGGCAGACACAGACGAGCCCCACUACGCUGCUGCCUACCUCAACCUGGAUGUCCUGAAAAGUAUAGAGUCGGAAUGGAGGAAGACUCAGUGCACGCCUAGAGAGGCGUGUGUUGACGUGGGCAGGGAGUUUGGGGCUCCCACCAAUGUCUUCUAUAAGCCACCCUGUGUAUCCGUCUACAGAUGUGGAGGAUGCUGCCACUCUGAGGAUAAGCAAUGCCGGAAUAUUUCCACUGGUUACCUCAGCAAAACUCUCUUUGAGAUCACGGUGCCGAUCACCCAAGGCACCAAGCCGGUGACCAUCAGUGUGGCCAACCACACCCAAUGCAGCUGUCUAUCCAAACUGGACAUCUACAAACAAGUUCACAGCAUCAUCAGGAGAGCUCUGCCUGAAUGUCCCAUAGCCAACAGAACGUGUCCCCCUGGGCAGAUGUGGAACAUCAGGCAGUGUCGGUGUGUCAGUAUGGCGGCCAGCGUGCAACACAUCUCCCCUCCUCUACCGCCGCCCCCGCCAAGGCCCUCCCAGCAACUUCACGACAUACUUUCAUCAGAUGUAUGUGGCCCCGACAAGGAACUGGAUUCGGAAAGCUGUCAGUGUGUGUGUCAGCGCAAGAAUCAAGCCCAUAACUGCGGUCUGAACAGACACCUUGACCAAAACACCUGCCAGUGCGUUUGUAACACGCUGCCCACUUCAGCGUGCCCUCUGAACCACGUCUUCAACAAGGAGACCUGUCAGUGCGUGUGUAACAAGACGUGUCCGAAGCACCAACCACUCAAUAAGACCAAGUGCACCUGUGAAUGUAACGAGUCACCAAAUAAGUGUUUCCUGAAAGGAAGAAGGUUUCAUCAAGCAACAUGCAGUUGUCUCAGGCCUCCUUGUGAGGUGAAAAGGCGGAAGUGUGAAGCGGGUUUCUCCUUCAGCGAGGAGGUGUGUCGUUGUGUUCCGUCCCACUGGAGACGACUGGACUAACUUCUGGCUCAGGAGAUUCUAAUGAGCAGACUUCACUAACGGAAUCAAUCCCCCCGCCCCCUCUAAACCUGCUGGUCACGAGGAUUUCCAUCCGCUGGGAUGGCAGCUAAGGGCGUGGACCACGAUGGACUUGGGGAAACCUGAGUAAUGGAAGCUGGUGAUUUGAAGGCGAAAAAUGCACUGAUUCUUUUAUGAGGACAUUUUAUUGGGAGAGUGAAUGUUAGGAGCCCAGAACGGAAGAAAGGGCUAAAAGAGAGAGUCAUCAUUCAACCUUAUUGACAAAAUGUUGUUAAUUUCUUUUUAAAUAUUUUUUGGGGGGAGGCUGAGGGGUUGAAAGGGUUAUUAAUUAUGUCUCAGUAUUCUUAUUGGAAGAUAUUGAUUAUAUAAUUUAUUAAAUGCUAUUUUUAAACA